UCAAUCAGCUAGACCUACUGCCACCCAUGCACAACCCAAAUCGGGGCUUCCUAAACACAUUUCCGAUUUGAAACAAUCCACAGCAACAAAAAAGAAGCUAAUGAUGUCAUGCUCUCCGGUUAAGUAUUUUAAAGGAGUAAUUAUAUAAUUUUUCACGUAACAUCAAUUUACUUUAGGGCAAUCCAGCAUCAUGUCAGUGCACUGUGCACCCACCAACUUUCCUUUCCAAUUUGCAUGGGGCUGAAACCAGAGAUCAGUAUAUAACGACGAGAUGCUCAUGUUUCCGCUCUAACAUUGUGAGUCUUUGUUCCAAAGGCGGGAAGGCAGGCAACAAGCUUACGUCUGUAUUUUAUUCGAAUUGGGCUGAUUCAAGACAGAUUUUGGCGAGAGUGGGUCCUCUCGCGUCUCCGCGCUGAAACUAUACCAUCAGAGAAAACAGCCGAUCGAGCGAAACACCUCCUACUAUAUGUAGCCCUGAUCUUGUCUGGCCAGAAGUAGUAUGACAUUUCGUCCAGACAGUCUACAAAUACUGAAACAAACAAACCAAUUGUGCGCUGCCAUAUGGCACUCCAGUCACGGCCGGUUGUGAACCAGGGUAUCUGUGGGGACGCCUCCAACACUGAGACGCAGUGCAGUCCGCUGCGCCACUCGGGAGCCACAGGCUGCUCUUAACAAAAUGGGCCACUAUUCUGAUAAUUGCUCUGAUGACUUGGAUACAUUUUGGGAUGAGUCGAUACAUAAAUGUGUGCCAUGUCAUCAACAUCCACAGAAUCCGAUCCAACCAGGGCACGAAUUUAGUCCGAACUGUGGCAUGCAUGAUGAUGGAGGGAGGUCGGAAGAGACAUAUCGGAAAUGUGCCGCACAGACCUUCAAUAAUGGGAGAUUCGUGAAAUGCCAACCCUGUUCUAGCUGCCCCCCAAAUCAUCAAAAGCUGUCCGAAUGCAACCACACAACAGACACGCAAUGCUGCGGAUCGAGGGACCAGACAGGCUGUCGGGAAGGAGUCCUGGGUACUACCACUCAACAGGUGCAACAGUCAACAACGUUAAAGGUCCAAAUGUCAACAUCAAAUCCCACCACAGCCAAACACACUGAUCAAACCAUCAGACCACCAGACGUCAACCAUAAGACUGCAUGGAUAGUGCUUACUGUCAUCUUGGUUCUCUCUGUACUUGUAUUUCUCUUAUUCAUCUAUAUUAAGAAGAGAAGGGGAAGAUCAAGAGCCUUUUGCAUCAGAGAUAAGGAGAAUAAGCCAUGCUUUAAGGUCAGCCUUAACUGCCUCCCAUCAGACAAUAUCCUGUAUACCAACCAACAGUCAUGGAGUAGUAGGGGAACAGCAGCUGUCAAUGAAGAGGUUGCUCUCCUACAGUCAGAGACAAGGAACCUAGAGGACAUUUUGAGUCCUGACCUCCAGUCUGCGCCACUGCAGACGGUUCUGGACAACCUGGAUGUUCUAGAGGAGCUUGUGAUCCUGCUGGACCCAGAGAUCCCUGGGGUGAAGAACACCAGCCACCUAGCAUCUCGCUGGUCCUUCCCCGCCACCUGGAUUACCUACACCUACUCCAUGAGGGACAGCAAGAGCCCUCUGAGGGCCGUGCUGGAGGGGGUCACCACCAAGCACCCAGACAGGACUGUAGGACAAUUGGCCAGGCUGCUGAGAGAGAUGGACCGGAACGACGCAGUGGUGGUGCUCACCAAACUCACCUUGUUUAAGGUUGUCUAGUCUGGGUGUGUUUUGUGUUGGGUCUGGAAAAGAUGGCUCCAUCCAGAUACAAUCACGGAGUCUCUACCACCUGCAAAGGCACUGAGAUAUAACAGGAGGGCCAGUAGGAGGCAUGCUUUCCUUGGGGACCCCAAAGUCCCAAGGCAGUGAUUGGGAACACUGUUCUUUUGCAUUAGGGUUCAAAUAAGAUAUUUAACUGUGAUAACAUGGCACUUAUUACUUAAAGAAGGGAUGUUAACCCCGGAGUCCUGAAAAAGAGGAGCCGCACACUCUAGUAGCUCAGAUGCAAUAAUGUAAUAACCUAAUAACCAACGUUUCGACAGACAAACUGUCUUCAUCAGGGUAUAAUGACAAACACGGUGGGGUGACUCGUUUAUAUAGUGUCAAAGGACACACACGUGUCUGUAAUCAUGACCGGGUGUGGCUUGAUAUCGUUGGUUCAUUUUCAGAUAUAUAUAGAACAUACAAAAACAUGAAUCAUAGAUACAAUUUUGCUACAUCGGCCGACAAACAUAUACAAUGAAUAGCAAAAUCACAAAAAUGGUUUCAGAUCAAAGUCCAGGCAGCCUCUCGUUUUAACAAUAAAUUGUCGAGGUCCCCCCCACCCCCUCUCCUAGGGAGGGUGACGUGUUCGAUGCCGAUAUAACGUAAGUACGAAAUCGGGUGAUUCACUUCCAAAAAGUGUGCCGCAACUGGGUAUGUUGAGUUUUUGCACCUAAUGGUGCUACGAUGCUCCGAGAUCCGUAGUUUUAAUUCGCGCUUAAUUUUACCACAAGGACAAGUUAUAAGAUAAAUAACACAUUUGAUUGGGAUCCGUUUCCCUGGUCCGGGCUUUUUUAUUUUUAUUUAACUAGGCAAGUCAGUUAAGAACAAAUUCUUAUUUUCAAUGACGGCCUAGGAACAGUGGGUCAACUGCCUGUUCAGGGGCAGAACGACAGAAUUGUACCUUGUCAGCUCGGGGGUUUGAAUUUCAAUAGCUCCUUGGUCAUAUGACUUCAAACAAGGUUCAGAUUGUCCACUCAGUGUCCCUACACAUUGCACAACCUUUAGUUUGUCCAUUUUCAUCUCACGUGGUUUUACAUGAAUUUUUCAACAUUUAGAAUUUCAAUAGUUCCUUGGUCAUGUGACCUAAUGUCUGCUGACUACCCUUCUAUAUUGCACACUCUUGUUUGUGUACUGUAAAAUCACGCGGUGUAACAUACCUUUUUCAUAAUUUCAAAUUUGCAAUAGCUCCUUGGUCAUGUCAAUUACACACCUAAGAAGCAUACAGUGGAUAUACACCCAUAUUGCAUAACCUCUAGUCAUGUAUCUUCUAUAUUGUUAUACAUUAUUAUUAGUUUGACAAUUAGGGGGUUCAGUCCAGUGUUUACCCAUUUCUUUAAUGUUUAUAUACAAUAGUUGGUCGUUCUAAGUACUUAUUUUCCCAGUUUUUUAUUUUUCAGAUAAUAUCUCCUUUCGUCGUUAAUUUCAACCAUAAAGGAAAGGGGCAAAGUACGAGAGUCAUGUUAUUAACUGUCCAAAGCAGGGAUGGAGAGGGAGUUCGUGAGGUAGGCUGGUCAAUACAUAUACUGAACAUGUAACCACAGUAAUGGUGGCUAGAAAAUCAAUGAAUAAAAAUGUUAUACUGACAAAUUAAACUAAUUGUAGACCUUUAAUCUUUUCCAACAUGUCAACAGACACUUAAUUGAAGUUAAGUAUGAAACAUUUACAACAACAAAGACUGCACUUCCAGUUUGUGUUCUUUACUCUGUUGAACUCUUUUGUCUUCAUUCCUAGGCACAGCACAUUGAACCUCAGUUGGCAUGCAAAAUAUUAAAUCAAAACAAAACAAAGUGUAACACGUUAUAAAUAAUAUAAAAUAUCAAUGCAGUAUGACAAAUUAGCCGUCCAUUGUGUUAUAUCAUAAAUUGUCUUACAUACCGUCACUGUUGUCAAAAGAUUAUAAACAUGUUAAAUAAAGUGACUAACCCAGUCA